AUGACUAAAGAGCCAAUAGCUUCAGUACAAGGCAAGGAUACUUUAAGGAUGCAGACAGCUCCUCAGUCGGUGAUGCCAACACUCACUUUUGGCUCCCUUGACUCAAGAUUUAUAGAAAGAAAACUAUUCCCAUCCUUGUACCAGAUGGUCCCAAACGAUGUUCAUGAGUACACUGGGAUGAUCCACUUACUUCGCCAUUUCAAAUGGACAUGGAUCGGGCUUUUAACUGUAGAUCGCUUCAGUGGAGAAAGAUUUUUGCAAGGAUUUUUGCCACUGCUUUCCCUGAAUGGCAUCUGCGUUGCUUUUAUAGCAAAAAUUCGACCAUGGGCUUAUCCUGAUGGAAUAUCAAAAUACUUGAAGAAUGAAUUUGAUAAAAUUUCAGCUGCUAUGGCAAGCAAAGCCAAUGUAUUUCUUGUGUAUGGACCUGUUGUAAUGGAUAUUUUGAUCCAUUAUUUUAAUACGGUACAACUUUCUGUCGGUAAAGUAUGGCUUGUGACAUCACAUUGGGAUUUCAAAAGCACCAGUGAAAAGCUCUGUGAUAUGCAACCCUUUCAGGGUGCCAUAUCCUUAUCUGUUCACACAAAUGAACCACUGGGAUUCAGGACAUUUCUCCAAAGUGUAAAUCCUUCAGAGACAAAAGAAAACUGUUUCAUCCAGGAUUUCUGGGAGACGACUUUCAAUUGCUCAUUGAAAAUUAGCAAUGUGGGUGAUGAGACUAAAAAUGGCUGCACUGGGGAGGAGAAACUGGAGAGUCUUCCAAUACAUAUAUUUGAAAUGAGCAUGACUGGCAGCAGCUACAGUGUGUACAAUGCUGCUCACACUGUGGCACAUGCUCUGCAUGCCAUGCAUGCAUCCGGAUCGAAACACAGAUCAUGGGUGGCUAGAGGGAAUCUGCAAAAUCUGCAACCAUGGAAGCUCCAUCCCUUUCUGAGGAGCACUUCAUUCAACAAUAGUGCUGGAGAGACAAUACAGUUUGACAAAAAUGGAGAGUUAAUUGUAGGAUUUGAUGUUACCAAUUGGGCAACUUUCCCAAAUCAAUCUUUUCUUAGAGUCAAAGUUGGAAGGCUGAAUCUUUGGGCUCCUCCAGGAAAAGAGUUAACCAUCCAGGAUGAAAGCAUUCUGUGGCAUAGACAGUUUAACCAGGCUGUUCCCAUUUCUGUGUGCAAUGACAACUGCCAUCCUGGUUACAGCAGAAAAAAGAAGGAAGGGAAGCCCUUUUGCUGUUAUGAUUGUAUUCCAUGUCCAGAAUGGAAGUUUUCUAACCAGACAGAUAUGGAUGCCUGCACUGAAUGUCCAGAAGAUCAAUAUCCAAACUUGUACAGGGAUCAAUGUAUUCCUAAAGUUAUAAGCUACCUUGCAUAUCAAGAACCUUUGGGAAUCACUUUAGCUUUGUCUGCUAUUGCUUUUGCUCUGAUCACGAUGUUGGUGAUAAUAACAUUUAUGAAGCACCAGAACACUCCCAUAGUCAAGGCCAACAACCGAAGCCUCACCUACAUGCUCCUCAUCUCCCUCCUCCUUUGCUUCCUUUGUUCCUUGCUUUUUGUUGGACAACCUCAAUGGAUAAUCUGCUUACUUCGGCAAACUUCUUUUGGCAUCAUCUUCUCUCUGGCCCUUUCCAGCAUGUUGGCAAAAACCAUCACUGUGGUUCUGGCAUUUAUGGCUGCCAAACCAGGAUCCGGGAUGAGAAAAUGGAUGGGGAAAAAACUAGCUAAUUCUAUUGUGCUUUCCUGUUCCUGUAUUCAAGUAGGAAUUUGUACUCUUUGGUUGAAUACCUCUCCACCAUAUCCAGCUAUGGACAUGCACACACUGAUUGGGAAAAUCAUAGUGGAAUGUAAAGAGGGAUCCACUUCCAUGUUUUAUUGUGUCUUGGGCUAUAUGGGCUUCUUGGCCAUUGUCAGCUUCACUGUGGCAUUUCUUGCCAGGAAGCUACCAGACAGUUUCAAUGAAGCCAAACAUAUCACUUUCAGCAUGUUGGUCUUCUGCAGUGUUUGGCUCUGCUUUGUUCCAGCCUACCUGAGCACCAAAGGAAAAUACACGGUGGCUGUGGAGAUUUUUUCUAUCUUAACCUCUAGUGCUGGCUUACUGAUUUGCAUAUUCUUCCCUAAAUGCUACAUCAUUGUCUUCAGGCCUGCAUUGAACAAAAGGGCACAACUAAAAUCAAGAAAAGACUAA